CAUACAUUUUAAUUAGAUCAUCAUACUAUUCUCUUAUCUAAGUUUCAAAUUAAUCCAAAAAAAUGUCAACCAUCAUUAAUGUGGGAGAGUCAAGUAAUGAAAAAGCUGCUUUAAUUGCAUCCCCAGCAAGGCCAGGAGGAUGGAAAAAAGGCAUAGCUAUAAUGGAUUUCAUUUUAAGAUUAGGUGCCAUAGCAUCUUCUCUUGCUGCAGCUAUCACCAUGGCAACUAGUGAUCAAAUUCUUCCUUUUUUCACUCAAUUCUUUCAAUUCGAAGCAAGUUAUGAUAGCUUUUCAACUUUUCAGUUUUUUGUUAUUACAAUGGCAUUUGUGGGUGGCUACUUGGUUCUAUCUCUACCAUUCUCCAUUGUAACCAUCAUUCGACCUCAUGCAAUUGGACCAAGGCUUUUCCUCAUCAUCCUAGACAUAGUGUUCCUAACAUUGGCCACAGCUAGUGGUGCUUCAGCUGCAGCCAUAGUUUACUUAGCACACAACGGCAACCAAGACUCAAAUUGGCUUGCCAUUUGCAAUCAAUUUGAAGAUUUCUGUUCCCAAACAAGUGGAGCAGUUGUGUCAUCGUUUGUUGCAGUGGUGUUCCUUUUAUUGUUGAUUGUUAUGUCCUCUUUGAUUCUUGGAAGACAUUAAAAAAAUUAAGAAUAUUGCAACAAUCAUGCAGGGACAUAAGUUGCCUGUAUUAUAUGUUAUGUUAUGUUUGGUUUUGUUUUCUCUAAUUUAUUUUUCUUUCCAUUUCCUUAUGUAUUCUUAUAUGGAGAAUGAUUACGCCGAAGUAAAAUAUAAACAAAAAUGAUCUAAUAAAGUUUGUAUUUGAUGUAAAA